GUUGCUUUCGAUGCGAUCAUCCUCAUUUCCACCAACCACACGCUUCAAUCGCAAGAAAUAUCGCUACGGCUUCACGGAGCGAAGAACCGUAGCUUGACAAGGCGACAUGAUUGUGCUUAACCGACAUGAUGUUCAUCUGUCUUCCGUGGCAAUGGAAGGCUUCAAAAGAGCUAUAAUUCCGCCAGGGCCUUGGACAAUGCCGCCUGUCUACAUGACGCUCGCAGCUUAGCUGGAUCAAGACCUCCUACAGUUGAGUCGAGAUGGUUUCUCUUAAGCAGUUGGCCUUGUGCCUGACCUCGGUCUGCUUCGAUUGCGUUCUCGGGUUGUCUCUGGGCGGGCAGCAGUACAGAGUCGUUGAUGCCAGCAAACGAGAAGCUCUGCAAGAUCUAGUGACAUGGGACGAGCAUUCUCUUUUCGUCCGUGGAGAGCGGAUCAUGUUCUACUCCGGAGAAUUCCAUCCAUGGCGACUCCCGGUUCCAGACUUGUGGUUGGACGUAUUCCAGAAGAUCAAGGCCCUCGGCUACACUGGUGUCUCGUUCUAUGUGGACUGGGCCCUGCUCGAAGGAAAGCCUGGCGAAUUUAGCGCCGAAGGUGUCUUCGCGUUCGAACCGUUCUUCGCCGCCGCGGCCGAAGCCGGUAUAUACCUCCUGGCGCGCCCGGGACCUUAUAUCAAUGCCGAAGUGUCCGGUGGAGGCUUCCCCGGAUGGCUACAGAGAAGCCCUGCCAUUCUGAGAACGAACGAGAGCGAGUAUGUUGAUGCCACAAGAAACUACGUCUCGCACAUCGGCAAGAUCGUUGCAGAUGCUCAGAUCACGAAUGGCGGCCCCGUCAUUCUGUUUCAGCCCGAAAAUGAGUACACUUUUGGUGCUAGUUGGGUAGAAUGGCCCGAUGUUGAGUACAUCGAGACCGUCAAUGAGCUGUUCCGGGAUGCUGGGAUUGUGGUGCCUUUCGUGAACAACGAAGCGGCUAUCAUAGGGCUGUUCACCCCAGAAAAGCCAGGAGGACCCGAUAUCUACGGCCAUGAUAGUUACCCCAUUGGUUGGGACUGUGCUCACCCCUCUAAUUGGAGCGCUGGAAAUCUCCCAACUGAUUGGCGAGAACUGCAUCUGGAACAAAGUCCGAACACUCCUUACGCCAUCCCUGAAUUUCAAGGCGGCGCCAUAGACAACUGGGGCGGAACUGGUCUGGAAGGAUGUGCUGACAUGACAAACUACGAGUACGAGCGCAUCUUCUUCAAGAACGACUUUACCUUUGGUCUCACGAUCUUCAACAUUUAUAUGACCUAUGGUGGAACAAAUUGGGGCAAUCUGGGACAAUCUGGCGGCUACACAUCCUAUGACUACGGCUCAGCUAUUAAAGAAGAUCGUACCAUAGCCCGAGAAAAAUACGUUGAGGCAAAGCUCAUAGCCCAGUUCAUCCAAUCAUCUCCAGCAUACCUGGAUGCAAUUCCGGGAAAUUUCACGAACAGCUCAUACGUUAGUACCCCUGAGCUGACUACAACACCUAUAUUUGGUAAAAAUACGACAUUUUAUGUUGUCAGACACUCCGACUGGCGAACCUUGGCUUCCACUUCUUACACUUUCGCAAUUCCUACCAGCCAGGGUAAUGUAAUAAUCCCACAGCUCGGCGGAUCUUUAACAUUGAAUGGGCGAGAUUCCAAGUUCCACGUCACUGACUAUGACGUCGGCGGUAUCAACCUUGUGUAUUCGUCUGCAGACAUCUAUACACAUUCAAAGACAGGUGGAAAGCGUGUCUUGAUACUGUACGGCUUGGCCGGCGAGACGCAUGAGCUAGCAUUCCUUACCAAGCUCGGUAAACCUACAGUCGAGGGCGAUGCCACCACCAUCAAGAUCGGAACCAAGGGUGCAACAACGGUCGUGCAGUGGCAAGUUACUGAAGCCAGGAAAGUCCUGCAUUAUGGCAGCAAUCUGGACGUAUACCUGUUGUGGCGCAAUGACGCUCUCGAUUAUUGGGUAUUACAAAUAGAGGCGCCAGCUCCCAUCGGUAACUACUCCUCCCAAACCAAAGAGACAGUUGUUGCCAAGGCUGGUUAUCUUCUUCGUACUGCCACGAAAUCUGGUACGUCGCUUCAUUUCACAGGUGACCUCAACGCUACCACAGAUCUGGAGAUUGUCGCAGGACUUCCGGGAAGUAAUAACAUCUACUUCAAUGGCGAGAAAGUGCCCAGCGUCAAGUCAGCCAAUGGCCGGUUGUCUGCUUCGUUACUUUAUGAAUCCCCAGAGCUUUCUCUACCAAAUUUCUCCGGCCAAGAAUGGAAGUACAUCGACUCACUUCCUGAGAUCAAGUCAGAUUAUGAUGACUCUGUUUGGACUGUGGCAGACCACGAGACCACAAACAACACUGCUCGCGAUGACUAUGGCACAAUCUUUAAGUUGAGGACACCAACAAGCUUGAUUGCAGCCGAUUACGGUUUCAGCACAGGUUCCCUCAUCUAUCGUGGGUCUUUCAUAGCCAACGGCAAUGAAUCUUCGCUUUAUCUUUCAGUUACUGGUGGUUCUGGCUUUGGCCACUCUGUAUGGUUCAAUUCCACGUACAUUGGGUCUUAUACUGGUUCCGGUUCGGCCAAGUCAUACAAUCAAACAUUGACCCUUAGCAGCGCAAGCGGACUGAAGCUUAACAAAGGUGACAGCUAUGUCAUCACCGUUUUGAUUGAUCAUAUGGGCCAAGAGACCAGCUGGACUCCUGGGUACGAUACCAUGAAGACUCCUCGUGGUAUCGUCGACUAUCAGCUCGUGGGACAUGCCCAGUCUAACAUUGUUUGGAAAGUCACUGGCAACCUGGGUGGAGAGGAUUAUGCUGAUCACCUCCGUGGUCCUUUCAACGAAGGUGGUAUGUGGGCUGAGAGACAGGGUUUUCAUCUUCCAGCACCACCCACAGAAAGCUGGGAGACGGCUUCACCACUCGACGGCGUCAAUUCUGCAGGUGUUGGCUUCUUCAGUACUAGCUUCGACCUGGAUAUACCGGUUGGAUGGGAUAUUCCGUUGAGCUUUGUUUUUGGUAACAGUACGGGGGAUGGUGGUGAUCCAGAUGAUCUCAGGGUCCAGCUCUACGUCAACGGGUGGCAGUUCGGCAAGUAUAUCAACCAUCUAGGCCCGCAAACAGUCUUCCCUGUCCCUGAAGGUGUUCUCAACUAUGGCGGCAAAAACUACGUCGCUCUCACACUUUGGGCACAAGGUGCGGAUGGAGCUAAGCUGGGAGGUUUGCAGCUAGUAGCUGAUGCUGUCAUCAAGUCGGGUAUGAAGAAGCCGGCUUUGACUUGGGAUGAUGCCUGGGGGCAACGAGAGGGGGCAUAUUAGAUGGUAGCAUUCCUGAAUCGUACCUUUCACUAUACCAAGCGGCAUCGUGGUUAGUAAUAAGAGCAUUGUCUUUCUGAUGCCGUCAUUUAAAAAUAGAUUCUCACUACCCUUUCGUGGUUACCCAACAUGGUGGGAUGAUUACCACUUGGGCGGAUAUACUUCAACCAUAUAGGGGGCGAUGGGGCGACCCGUGCAGCCAGAACCGAGUAAUCCCAAUUCGGCAGGUCUCGUCAUUUUCAUGUUGGACGGAGCCUACAUGGCAGG